AUGCCACUACAGCGGCAAGGGUCGAUCACUAUCCCGAUGCUACUAUGUAGGAAGACGGUGGAUGAGGUUUGGAUGGAGAUCCAUCGAGAUCAGAAACUCACCCUCGGAGAGAUGAUGCUCGAGGACUUCCUCAUCAAGGCUGGGGUUGUGAGGGAGGGCUACGAUCAGGUCGUCGCUCUGUUGCCUCAUGCGCUGCCUUCACUGAUCUUGUGGCCUAUGCUAUGA